AUGUUAGCUACCACGCUGUUUGCCGCAGUGGCAUUUGGCGGUUAUGCCAAUGCCAGAGUCUUUGCCCGCCAGCCGGGACAGUUCGAAAGCUGCGUGGCCCAGGCCGUGGGUAACAAUGCUCAGCUCUAUGCUGUACCAACCGGAGCGAACUACAACACCUCCUUGAACGUCUACAACUUGGACCACAUCUACACUCCAUCUGCGAUCGCUUUCCCAACCAGCGCGGAGCAAGUCGCAGCCUUGGUGAAAUGCGCAUGCUCAUCGGGCGUGGCCGUACAGUCACUGUCCGGAGGACACAGCUACCUGAACUUCGGUUUGGGAGGACAAAACGGCUCGCUUUCGAUCCGUCUAGCCAACAUUAACCAAACCUCAUAUGAUGAGUCUGCAAACCGACUCACUUUUGGCACUGGAAACCUGCUCUCUGGACUCACCACAGCUCUCCAAUCGGCCAACCGCACCGCUGCUUACAGUGGUAUCGGUUCUAUCGGUACAGGUGGUCACUUCGCUAUUGGUGGACUGGGUCCCCUUUCCCGCCAACACGGUCUUGCCGCUGAUCAGGUGGUCGAAGUCGAGGUGGUGACAAAGGAUGGCCAAAUCGUCAAAGCAUCUGAGGAUGAGAACGAGGACCUUUUCUGGGCUGUACGUGGUGCUGCUUGGUCUUUUGGUAUCGUUACCUCGAUCACCAUCGACACAGUCCCAGUGGUCUCAUCGACCUCAUACUCGUACAUUAUCCCAGGUAAUGCGUCGACCCUCGCGUCUGUCGUGUCUGCAUGGCAGGACAUUGUCUCGAACGAGAACUUGCCCCGGGAGUUUGGCUCUACUGUCUACAUCUGGGAGGGCUUCGUCCUGAUUACUGGAUCGUACUUCGGCUCUCAAGAGGAUCUUGAUCGCGUCGGUCUGGAUGCUUUUACCCAGAAUGCCAUCCCAACGAGCGAUGCGCUCAACGCAUUGGACUCACUGAAUGUCACGGCCGCUGCGAGCCUGCUUACCAUCCUCGAUGACGCUGGACUCCUCGAUGCCAUCAUCAGUCUCCCACGCGAAGACAUCUACCGCAUCUUCCAAGGCAUCCUCCAGAUCCUUCCAACAAUCGAGACCGGCAACUUGACAGCGAUUCAACAGGCAGCAACUGCCACUAACAGCACUCUCCUUGGUGCUGCCUUCGCUUUCCUGCCCGCCAACACCACUCAAGCCCUCUUUGGCAACCUCACUUCCUCCGGUGUUCUGGACCUUCUCAGCAACCAGACUACGCUCACUGAGCUGGCACCUCUGCUCCUGAACAUCAACUUCACGACCAUCGUCGAACUCGUAGACCAAGUCGAAGAGGCAGGUUUCCUCCAGCUCCACGGCAGCGGAUCAGCCAAGCUUUCCGAGCUCUUCUCCGUCCUCUUCACUUCCCAUCUUCCAACUCACUUCUACUCCAAAUCCCUCAAAUUCACCGAGGACACACUGCCUUCCACUCAGACCACUGGAGAAGUCGUCGAAUACAUCCUCAGCAACACCACCGACCGCGGCACGCUUCUCUGGUUCGUCAUCUGGGAUCUUGGUGGAGGAGCAAUCAACGACCCAGCUCAAGAUGAUACUGCAUACUGGCACCGUGACGCUUUGAUCUGGUUGCAAAGCUACACUGUCAAUCUCGCUGGAGCGGUCAGUGCUACACAGAAGGAAUUCUUGACCCAGGUCAACGAGAAGUAUCAGUCCCUGGUUCCAGGUGUCGAUGAUAGUGCUUAUGCUGGUUACGUUGAUGAUGCGCUUACGGACCCGGUCAAGAGCUACUGGGGAGGUAAUGUGGAGAAGCUGAAGCAGAUCAAGGCGAAGUAUGACAGCAGUAACAUUUUCCGCAAUGGACAGAGUAUUACGGCAUAA